AUGCGCGCCUUUGGAUCUAUCGCAGUCAUGGCGACGCUGCUCGCUGCCAAUGCCUACGCAAGUCUUGUUGUACCCGCGAAAGUGGAAGAAAGAGCUUUGGAAUGGGUCAUCAAGCCGAAGAUGUUCAUCAUAAGCAUGUUCGGACCGGAAGCCGAAGCUUGGUACGGCAUACCCGAGUUCGACAUCCUAGCCAUCAACAUCACCGUGCCUGGCUUCUCCCCGCUGUACCCCGAUGCGCACUGCACGGCGAACGGCGACGUGUGUCAGCUCACCACGGGGGAGAGCGAGAUCAAUGCUGCCGUCACCAUUGCGUCGCUGGUACGCUCGGAGCGCUUCGACCUUACGAGCACCUACUUCAUGGUUGCUGGUAUCGCGGGUGUGAACCCAGAAGUCGCCACCAUCUGCUCCGUCACAUUCGCUCGCUAUGCCGUGCAAGUGGCGCUGCAGUACGAGUUCGCGCAGUCUGACAUCCCGGCCAACUUCACGAGCGGGUAUAUCCCGCAGGGCUCUACCGUCAACGACGAGUACCCCCAGUCCAUCUACGGAACCGAGGUCUUUGAGUUCAACCAGAACCUUCAGAAGAUGGCAGCUGGCUUCGCCCGCAAGGCGACACUGAACGACAGCGAAGCCGCUGUUGCGUACCGAGCCAACUACGCAGCAGCUUCUGCCUAUGCUGCUGGUGCCGCCGCGCCGUCGGUGGUAGAGUGCGAUGUCGCGACUUCAGAUGUUUACUACUCUGGUAACACACUCUCGACAGCGUUCGGCAACUACACUACUCUUGUCACAAAUGGCACCGGUGUCUACUGCACCACUGCGCAAGAGGACAACGCCACUGGAGAGGCACUACUCCGCGCCGCUAUUCAGAAGCUCAUAGACUUCUCCCGAAUCAUCGUCAUGCGCACUGCCUCCGACUUUGACCGGCCUUUUCCAGGCGAAGCUGCCACCACGAACUUGCUCUACGCCGACCAGGGAGGCUUCGAGCCUGCUGUGAUGAACAUCUACCUCGCUGGCGUACAGGUGGUGACUGGGAUUUUGGAUGGCUGGAACAGCACGUUCGCAGCUGGCGUCAAUGCUAGCAACUACAUCGGCGACAUAUUCGGCACCCUGGGUGGUGAGCCGGACUUCGGCCCGUAUACGUACGACAACAACCCUGUCAAGCGAAGUGUCAAGGGCAAGAGGAAUGUGCCGGUCAAUGUCCGCAGCAAUCGAAGAUAUAUAUAA